GGAGCAUGAGUAUCGAGACACUUCGCAUAGUUUUCGCGGCACGUCACCCUGAAUUUUUCCAUUUCAAUUAAAUCAACGAAACAAGGAUCGACAGAUCAUAGAUCAUGAAGACACACGUGAUUUCAUCCAUUAUUGCGAGCAUAUUUCUCGUCGCUUCUAUUGAAAUUUCGGCCCUACAGAUACAGAACGAUGCUAAUCAAGCACAACGAGAAAAUUAUCAGCCAAUUGUGACGGACUUUUUGGUCAAAUACUUAGACGAUCGUAAACCGGCUAUAUCAAAUGCCAAAAAAAUCAUCGGAACAAAUGAACAAAAUGUUGUCAAACGAAAUUUGGACCAAAUUGGUGGUGGUAAUCUCGUUAGAAGCCUAUACGAACCUUCGAGAAAACAAGAAAUAGCAAAAGAUACAAUAAACGAUCCAAAUUCGAUUAGAUUAAGUAAUCUAAAGAGUUUGUUCAAGUCGAGAAACGAGGCCGAUGAUCGUACAAUGCGUAAUCUCGAUCAGAUCGGUGGUGGAAAUCUCGUUAGAAGUUCAAAUAUAUUUGGCACCGGUUUCCUAAGAAAUUUAGAUCAAAUCGGCGGUGGAAAUCUCGUGAGAAAUUUGGAUCAGAUCGGCGGUGGAAAUCUAGUGAGAAAUUUGGAUCAUAUCGGCGGUGGAAAUUUAGUGAGAAAUUUGGAUCAUAUCGGCGGUGGAAAUUUAGUGAGAAAUUUAGAUCAUAUUGGCGGUGGAAAUCUAGUGAGAAAUUUGGAUCAUAUUGGCGGUGGAAAUCUAGUGAGAAAUUUGGAUCAUAUCGGCGGUGGAAAUCUCGUGAGAAAUUUGGAUCAGAUCGGCGGUGGAAAUCUCGUGAGAAAUUUGGAUCAGAUCGGCGGCGGAAAUCUAGUGAGAAAUUUGGAUCAGAUCGGCGGUGGAAAUCUAGUGAGAAAUUUGGAUCAGAUCGGCGGUGGAAAUCUAGUGAGAAAUUUGGAUCAGAUCGGCGGUGGAAAUCUAGUGAGAAAUUUAGAUCAUAUUGGCGGUGGAAAUCUAGUGAGAAAUUUGGAUCAUAUCGGCGGUGGAAAUCUCGUGAGAAAUUUGGAUCAUAUUGGCGGUGGAAAUCUCGUGAGAAAUUUGGAUCAAAUUGGCGGUGGAAAUCUCGUCCGUAACGUUGAUCGUAUACCAGAUGGACUUAAUGUAGACAAUAUUGGUGGUGGCCAUUUGUUACGAUCAACUCGUCGUAAUUUCGACUUUUAUCCUGGUCUGAUCUAUGAGAAACAACGAUAUUUUCCUUUGAGAAGACCAUCAACAUUGAAUUCACGAGUUGGUGAUUAUGAAGAGAACUAUCCAUUGGUGCUCGAUCGUUUAGGUAAGAGAAACUUCGAUGAGAUUGAUGCAAAUGGAUUCGACAACUUUUACAAAAGAAAUUUUGAUGAGAUCGAUCGUGUCGGUUGGAGUGGAUUCGUUAAAAGAUUGAGUAAUUACUUGGUCAAGGAGCAACAACAACAACAACAACCUUAAAUCAUCAAAUUAGAAACAUCAUCGGAAUACUCUUUUAACGUUCUCCAUUUUUUUGGAAAUAUAUCUCACAUGAUAUUAUAAUGAUUCAUAUCGAUAGAUAUUAACUUAACGUGAACAUCAAAUAUAAAAAAAAAAUAAAGAUGUGUCACAUAUCAUUAACGAAAUUUAAUAAUAAGAAUCGAUGUGAAAAUAUCUAUAACUAAAUGUAAAUAAUGAAUAUUUCAUUUAAUUACGUUACAACAAGAUUCUCCUCGAAGAAUCGAGGAUGAAUAUACUUGACUGAUUAGAAAAAUAUUUUAUUGCGAAACUAAAAUAUAUCCCGUUUAAAAAGCAUAAGUAUAAAAUUAUAUUUCGUGGAUAUCAUUACAUAGAUUAGACUCCUUUUACAAUGACUUCAUUGAAAUUUCGAAACUUCAAAUGUUAAAUAUCGUACGAUAUUUUAAUUAAUUCGUUCUAUAUGUGUGUGUGCUUUGAGAAUAUUGUGAAAAUGUAAUACAAAUAAAAAGAUCAUAUCUAA